GAGCUGUACAUGUGUAUCGUACGCUUGAUAGUACCCGCGAGUCGUUAUGACUGAGAUAUUGUGCAACUGGCUGAACAACGAUGUCAAGCUAUGCGUUGUUGUGGAACCCUUGAGUUUCAAGAAGGAUUUUGCAAAUGGUUAUCUUAUCGGUGAGCUUUUACACAAAUAUCAUCUUCAGGAUGACUUUGAUCGCUUUUCGAGAGGAAGCUCAUCAGAGUCAAAGCUGAACAACUUCACUCGUCUAGACCCAAUGUUAAAGCUACUGGACAUUCCAUUCAACAAAAACCUAGCACAUGAUAUCAUGAAUGAACACCAUGGAGCUGCGACACAUUUGCUGUACCAUUUGUUUAUUGCACUAAACAGGAAGACAGAAAACAGCCUCAUCAGCCAGUCACUAAGACUGACAAAACCAAAGCCAAGAGUUGAUCCUGCAUUAUACAGGCAGCGAUUGGCUCAACAAACACAGCAGCAAGAUUUGAAUUUUGAGACAUUGGUGAAGCGUGUUAAAGACAGGCGAAAACAGCAAGAAGAACUGAGUCAUACAUUAAAAAAUGAUUGUUUGAAAAGAUCACUUGAUGGAAGUUAUGCAGCAGGUGUGGACAAGCUCGCACCUAUUAAAACUAAAACUUCUCCACUGAAAACCACCAAAGUUGCAAACCCUGACAAACGUAAAGAUGCUGUAUGUGCAAAGGAGGCUGAGGACAUGAGGUCAAGCAUUCGAGCAUUUGAAGAAUGUCUUAAGACAGCUGUUCCACAACCUCCUAACACUGGUGAUUUCUUUGCGGUGACUUUGCCAGAUUUGACAACAAGAAAGUUGACAGUGUUUGGAUCAGAUGAAGAGUAUCUCAAGAAAAUUCAGACGAGACUGCAUGAAGCGUCAAAUGCAAAGAAAGAAAGAGAGAAACGGAGGAGAAAGGUUCUUAUUGAUCAGCUGAAGGAUCAAGAAUCAUCUCAGAAAGAAAAGCGUAAUGAGAUUAUUGUAAACCACUUGCUACGGCAAUCACAGCAUGAGAAAAGAAUCUGUGUCCAGUUGAUGCAAGUUAGACAAGAAAAGGAAGUAAUAAGGCAAAACAAGAUCUUUCUUUGUCAACAGUAUCAAGAACAAAGACUGAGAGACUUUGUUGAUGCUCUUGAUAGAGAGGCACUCCUUGCUAGAAAAGAAAAAGAAGAAUAUGCAGUACAGUUGAAGAAAGAACAAGAGCUUCAUGAGAAGUUGAAAUCAGAAAGAAAACAGAAACAUUAUGAAAAAUGUUAUGAAAUCUGCUAUGAGACUGUUCUUCAAAUAGUUGAGUUUUCUUUGAAGAUUUGUGAAUACAGAGAACUCACAGAGAAAGCGAUUCCUGACAAAAUGGUGAGAGAGUGGAAGACACUAUUUCAUGCUGGAAAACCACUAUAUGAUGAGGAUUCCAGUCCUGAACCAUCUGUUGCUAGUGACCAAGAGGAAGAUGAAGAAACAAAGAAACGCGUGGAACUGUUAAAUGAUGAAGACUACGUAGAGUAUAAGGAUACACUGGCUGAGUGGAAGCCACCGGAAGAGUUAAGGCAACAAUCAGAUGAACUGAAAGAAAAUGUUUUCUUGGGUCACAUUAUUCAGAGAGUAUACAAUAUCAUCUACCCACCUGAUCCUGGGCCUCUGAGACCAAAUUUUCCAAAGUUUCCUGUGAAGGUCUGUUUUGUUGGCAAGUCAUUUAGUGGAAAGACAACAGCAGCAAUGCUAAUUUGCAGAAGGCAUCGAAUACAGUCAUUGAGUAUUGAUGAUUUGGUACAGGAGGCUGUGGAGGCAUAUGAAAAGCAAGAACUGGCAGAACAAAAGGGAACUGAAGAACUCUCAAGCACUGACGAGCUGCUAGCUUCCAAAAGCUUACCAGAGCAACAUUCUAAAGCUAAACAUGUGUCAAUUACUACUCAUUCUGGAUCACCUGAUAGACAAAAGGACAUCGACAAUCAGAUAUCUACACUAACCUUGUUUUCUGACGCGAAGCAAACUACUAGAUUAGAAGUAAGUGAUGAGCAACAGCUAGCAAUAGAGUCUACCACAACGAGCUUAGAAGCUGUGACAUCAAUACCCCAUGUUACUAUCACAAGUGGUGCAGAAUCUCAUUCUUUGCUUUCAGAAAGAGCAAGGCUUGGAGAAACAGCAUAUUUGCAAAUGCUGAAAGGUCAUCCUGUUCCUGACGAUGUGAUUGUCAAAAUUGUUGUGCAAGCUAUCAGGCAAGUUCCAGCUGGAACUGGAUGGAUUCUAGAUGGUUACCCAACAACACUCAAACAAUCAAAGCUGUUGGAAAAAGCAUUAAGUGGUUUUCAGCUCAAGAGCAAGACCAUAGCACUAUCUAGAAGUAGACUGGCUUCACGAAAGCGAGCUGUACUUGUGCCUGGAAAAGAUUCGUCUGAAACGGUAAGCAAUAUUGAUCUAGACCGUUUUUCUUUGACACAGUUGCCCUCACCUGUUAGCGGAAUUGAUCUUGUUGUUUGCUUUGUUGUGUCUGACCAUGAGGCUAUAAAACGAGCAACUGGAAGGAAAGUUGAUCCUCAAACUGAUGCAAAAUAUCAUCAAGAAAUGAAAGUGCCCCCGGAAGGCACAGUGACUGGUAUUGGUAAUGCUCAUAUUCUUGUGCCAGCUGAAGAUGCAAAUUUUGAUCAACAGCAACUGCAGAACAGGCUAUCGCAAUAUGAGAGUCAAUGGCCGAAAAUGGAGAACUGGUUUGACCAAUUUAACAAUCUUGUCUUUGUGGAUGCUUCUAUGCUGCCUGAUGCAGUUGCUCUAACUGUAGAAACAUACUUGGAAGCAGUAAUGCAAAAGCGUCAAGAAGCUGAAGAAGCUAAAAUGGCAGCAGAAAAGGCAACCAAAGGAGAAGCUGAAGUAGAUACAACUUUCUCCAAACCAGAAACAGGCCGACUUGAAGCAGCAGCUAUUACUGUUGACAAAGGAACAAUGAAUCAGACUGAAGUAGCCAAUAUUGACAGCAGGCUGAGUACAAUAGGAGAAACCAGUGGAACUGAGGUGGCAAGAUCUGAAUCUCAGUCAAAAAUUUCUAGCCCAGCAGUAGUGGGAGCAGAGACUUUUAAUGAACAGCUUGCUUCAACCGGUCCUUUGUCUGCCGAAGCUUCAGGCUUACCAGAUCCAUUGUCAGACCAUUGGGAAUAUGUUGCUAAUCCAAUUGACGAGAGCAUUGCCAAGUAUAUUACAACUGUAUGGGAUGGUGUAGAAGACAGCUACUUGAAGUCUUGUAAGGAAGUGUUGGCAGCACUUCGGGUAGAAAAUGAAAACAUUGUACAGCAUUUUUAUUUUACCAAAAAAGAAUAUGCCAAGUUUCUCAGACGACCAGAUGCAAAGCAAGAACUUGUGACUCAGUUUCAAACGGAGUAUAAUGAACAGGUUGCUGAUGAUAUGAGAUCUGACUCUGCUAUGAAGGCUGAAUUACAUCAAAGGGCUGAGGAUUUGAAAGAGAGGCUUUGGGAUGUAUGUGACUAUCGGCGUGAUGAGGCUGGAAAAGAAAGGAAUAGUAUUCUCAGCAAUCGCUGGUUGGAAGAUCACGUAGGACUGAUAUGCAAUCAGUACAUUACUUUGAUGCAGAAUGAAGUUGAUCGAUUUCAGCAUUCGCUGCAAGUUUUGCGUGACUAUUAUCACCAUAUGGAGGGUAAACCAAUUGGUAGAUCAACUGAUGACUAUCAUCGUCUCCCUCUCAUUGAUAUUGGUGAUGAGAUAGAUGUAGAGCAAUCUAGUGAAGACCAACAGGCUCAGUUGCAGCUUGAUGAGGCAGCUGAAGAUAGCACAGAAACUCAAGAGUCUCCAUCAAAACAAAGAAUACCACUUGUAAAACAGAAGCAAAGGCAGCAGAUCAAGUCACCUGAUAUUUCACAUACAAUGCUGACUUCUGGUGUAAGUGAAUCUGCUGCUGCUUCAGCUGGAACUGAUCGCAAGAAACGAUCUAGUAAAAAAGACAAAGAACGAGAAGCGGAAAAGGAGAAACUACCUGUGCAGGUAGAACCUAACCCUGAAGAGAAAUCACCAGUAGAAAUAUUGAGUCCACAGUCAAGUGACUCAGAUGAGCAACUGGUAUUGGAUGCUUAUCAUUCUUCAAUGAUGAUGGCCAAAACUUUGGCAAGCAAUGAAGAACAGAGUUACCAUGAAGCAGCUGGGAAGAGCAGAGAAGGUAGCUUGAUGAUAGAAGAUACCAAGAAAUUGCAGAAGGGAAGAGCUGCAAGUCAGAUGAAAACUUCUAUGGGAAAGCGAGCGAAGGUAUUUGUAUACUGUAGUAAGCAUGAUUAUGGGAUAAAUUGACUGAUAGUUGUAUGGAGCAUCUGUCUAUUUAUCUGUCUUAUCAGCAAUUUUCAUUGGUUUUUACAGCAUUGAACAAUUAUUAGUAUUAGCUAAUAUCAUUAACAGUGAAGAUCGACUAAUUUGGAUUUUAAGUCAAACAAG